GCAAAGGGAAAGGACGUGUUUGGGAGGCGCGGUGUGUGUGUGUGUGUGUACCCGGCCAAAUCUUCGACCUGACACUUCCAGACCCCCUUCUCUUCCUCCAACAGCAACCAGAUCUUCAAUCUCAAACAUUUUACAGCACCCUUCACCCCCUCCAAACCCAAUCUCUGCACCACUUCUGACGUCUUGACAUAUAUAUAAAAAAAACAGAGCAUGUCGAACGCCCUGAGAGUUAUCCUGCUGUGCGCCACUUUUACUCUGUUGACAGGACGAGCUUUAGGUGGCAGUGAUGACUUUGACCUCUUUGAUGCUGUCUCUGACGACGUCACUCCAAAGCCAACUCCUGCCAAACCUCACAAUCCUUCAGGUGGGAAAGAUUCAGGUGAUUUUAACAUAUGGGAUUUGCUUCAAACGACUCCUCCUCCUCGUAAAACCCCAAAGUCACCCAAAGCCACCAAAAAAACACCAAAGAAGGGAAACUCAGAUCCGAAUGAUUUUGGCCUUGAUUUUAACCUGAUGGAUGCUAUUGAUGACAGGAAUGACAACCGCGGCAAGGGAGGUAAAGAUGACUCAGAUCACCCUUCUGUUCCAGGCUCCAAAGGAAAUGACAAACCUAAAGGAGGUAAAAGAAUGGAUACCUCGAACCUUUCAGAUAAAGACCUGGAAGAUCUAUUGGGCGGUGGAGGCUAUAAACCAGAUAAGAAAAAUUCAGGUGGCAACGUACCUCCCAGUGACGAGGAUCAGGUGGCUAUGCCUGAAACCACGAUAGCUGGAAUCGCCAGUGCUAUAGGAGCAGCUUUGUUGGGUGUUGUAUCCAGUUACAUUGCCUACCAGAAGAAGCAGUUAUGUUUUAAAAUACAAGAGUAA